CCACCCACUCGAUCCCACCUCUCUAACUGCAGGCUGGCGGCGAUUUCGGAUAACACCCCAGGCUGGGACGAUUAAGUAGUAUACUUAUAUGUUUUGUUUCUGCGGCCGGUUCGUAGAGUGUGUGUCUGAACUUAACCUAACAACAAUUUUAAGAUCAUAUAAAGCUAACAAAUAAUAGUUCAGAAAUGUUUGAAUCCGAUGAAUUUAACGAUACGAGGGAAGACAUCGAGAAAUACUGGAACACCGCCUCUUCCACGAUUUUUCUCGUUGAUGCAACAGAACAAAUGUACCAAAACAAUCAUCUGCUACUUUGUUUACAGACAUAUAGAAAUAUAAUUAGACAGAAAUGUUGCAACAAUAAAAAAGACAAAAUGGGCCUAGUCCUUUUUGGAACUAAGGAUACAAACUGUGAAGUGGACAAUGUCAGGGUACUGCAAGAUUUUGAAACAGUUACAAUUGACAGUCUUAAAAAAAUCCGUGACAUAUUUAACGAUGAAGAAAUUAUCAAAUUCAACAACUCAGCUGCUAGUGAUCAGUAUCCUCUUUUCAAUGCAUUGUCGUACGUUUUUCAAGCUUUGCAUGCUUUUAAGUCAAAUGUCAAAGCAUCCAGUACCGUUGUGCUUUGUACUUGUCAUGCUCAUCCUCUAGUGAAAUCCGAUCAAGAACUUCGACGCAUUGAGCAUUUAGUUGCGACAUUUAAAGAUACUCGAACGAAAUUGCUUGUAGUCGGAUUGGGAGAUUCAUGGAAUGACGGUGUUUUUUACAAAGACUUGCAAUUAGUAUCUGGAACUUUUGAUCAUGACAACUACAAGACCAUCAGCUUGAAAGAUUUAGAAAGAACUAUCUCCAGCCCUGCUAGAAGUAUAUGUAAAUUGAUGUGGAAAAUAACUCCCAACAUAUCUGUACCAGUAACUUUGAUUAAUUUAAUUUCAAAAUCAAAGUAUCCAUCUAAAGUUAAAGUUCAAAAAGAUACUAAUGAAAUUUUAGAAACUCAUCGAAUUUUGGAGGAAGUUAAGUCAGAAGACAUUACAUUAGAUGAUACAAUGGUGAACAGAUUUGAACAAACGAGAGGGAAAAUCAUAACUGACGAAAAUAUUAUGCAUUACAAAAUUUACUGUGGACAGAAUAUUUAUUUCAAGCCAGAGGAAAUUAAAAAAAUGAAAAAUUUGUGUACAGAACCAAGCAUAGAAUUGUUGGCCUUUAAGCCCAUUGCCUGCGAUCCACUGUAUCAUUGCAAACCACCUAAUUUUGUCACUUGUUCUACACUCUGCAACAACGAGAACAAAGUUUUCUUCCGAUCAUUUGUGUACAAGUGUAGUAAGAAAAAGGUCAUGCCUAUGUGCAAAAUAGCUACCAAUACUACGUUUUUCAUUGGUAUGAUGAUACCUAGUGAAUAUGAUGGCGGAUUCUACGUAUACAAAAUGCCUUUCAAAGAUAAAAUUCGAUAUCUCGACGAACGUCUUAGUGAUUAUAUAUUUAAUGAUGAAAGAAAAUGCCCUACAAAUCCGGAAGCAGUUUACAUGUUUAAAAAAUUAAUGGAUCAUACAAAAGUAAAGUUUGAUCCAAUGGUUUUUAAAAAUCCAAAGCUAGAAAAAUAUUUUGCUCACAUAGAAGCAUUAGCAUUAGAUGACGAGUUGAGUGCUUUGCCACCUGAUUCAACCCUUCCACCACCAAUGAGCCAAGAGAUGGAAACUGUAUCAGUGGGUAUAAUGAAGUUGCUAAGCUUAAGUGAUAAAGCCUCACAAAAACGUGCUGUAAUGCAAAAAUCAACAAAAGCUACCAAAAGGCAGAAGUUAGAUGUUAAAACUAUGGUUGAAUUGGGAAAACUGCACACAUUGACUGUGCCAGAGUUGAAAGAAGCCCUUAAGGACAUCAAGCUACCGACUACAGGAACCAAAUCAACUUUGAUCCAGAGAAUCAUCGAUUAUUACAAAUAAUAAUAAUAAUCUAUUAUUAUCAUUAUUAAACUGUAU